AUGUCUGCUGAAGAAAAGACCAGAGUGUCGGGCGACAUCGCUCGCUCCGACAGCUCUCCUGUCCUUCCCACCGUCAACCCUCUGGCCGACAAGCCCGCGCCUGCAAAGGCCUCCUUCCACCCCGUCUUCUACGUUGUCACAUGGAUUGGCUUCAGCUCUUCCGUCAUUCUGUUCAACAAAUGGCUCCUGGACACGCUCAACUUCCGCUACCCCGUUAUCCUCACGACCUACCACCUCACCUUCGCCACCGUCGUCACUCAGAUCAUGGCCCGCUGGACGACGAUGCUCGAUGGCCGAAAGACGGUUAAGAUGACGGGUCGCGUGUACCUGCGAGCCGUUGUGCCAAUUGGUGUCUUCUUCAGUCUGAGUCUGAUCUGCGGCAACCUGACCUACCUGUACCUGUCGGUUGCCUUUAUCCAGAUGCUCAAGGCCACCACGCCCGUCGCCGUCCUGAUUUCCGGCUGGGCCCUGGGCGUGUCGCAGCCGAACCUGAAGCAGUUCCUCAACGUCUCGGCCAUUGUCGUCGGUGUCAUCAUUGCCUCGAUGGGCGAAAUCCACUUCGUCGUCAUUGGUGUUGCCUACCAGAUUGCCGGUGUCAUCUUCGAGGCCCUCCGACUCACCAUGGUCCAGCGUCUGCUGAGCUCGGCCGACUUCAAGAUGGAUCCCCUCGUGUCCCUCUACUACUUUGCUCCUAUUUGCGCCGUCAUGAACGGAGUGGUCGCCCUGAUCUGGGAGUUCCCCAAGGUCUCCAUGGCUGAGGUGUACAACGUCGGCUUCUUCACCUUCUUCCUCAACGGUCUCUGCGCCUUCAUGCUCAACGUCUCCGUCGUGUUCUUGAUUGGCAAGACCUCUGCUGUCGUCCUCACCCUCUGCGGUGUUCUCAAGGACAUCAUGCUCGUCGUCGCCUCCAUGAUGAUCUGGGGCACCCAGGUGACUGCCCUCCAAUUCUUUGGCUACUCCAUCGCCCUCGGCGGCAUGGUGUACUACAAGCUCGGCUUCGAGGCUAUCAAGGGCUACGCCGGCGAGGCCGGCCGCCAGUGGGCCGAGUUUGGCGCCCGCAAGCCCAUUCUCCGCAAGCUGUCCAUCAUCGUCAUGGCGGUCAUGUUCAUCUUCUGCGUCUUCGGCGGCCUGGCUCCCACCUAUGCCCCCGAAUACGACCCCUCCAAGCUGGCCUCUGAAGUGAGCAGCCACUUCAAGGGCAACCCUGCCGCCGCCGCCGCUGCGCAGGGAGCCGAGUAA